GGCUCACAAUUUGGCACAGGACGUCAGCUACGUCGCUACUACAUAUGUACGACACUGAAUUACUCAACUUUUUCGGGAAAAUAGAUAUAUACAAAUAUUUGUACACACAUACAUAAAAAUACUUAUUACCAAGUCAUAUGAAGCGAACCGUUGGAGAAAGUACAGUUCGAGUUUGUUGGCUAAUUUUUUUCCACAUUAUAAUGUGGACUUAGAAUGGAUCUACCUCCAGAGAAUGGAUGGACAUGUUCGACGUGCUUAAAAACGUUCACCACUAAAUCUCACUUAAAUCGUCACGUGGUCACGCAUGAUGCCCAUGCAAAGGUGAAAUGUGAGAUCUGCGGGAAAAUUUCUAAAAAUCCAGUCACUUUAUCCUCCCACAUAAAAAGGCUUCACACCUGCCGCGACCGACCAAGUUGCGACAUCUGCCACCGGGUAUUUUCCAGAUCUACAACUUUGCGGAGACACAUUACCACCGUCCACAGCACGCUCGAACGACCUCGUUUUCCAUGUGAAUUUCCCGGAUGUGGAAAAACCUACUCGAGCAGUCGAAGUCUAUCGCAACACGUAAAAACUGAGCAUGCCAACAAGCCGACCCGAUUUUCGUGUCCACUAUGCGGCCGAGAAUUCAAAUCCAAAGGAAAUCUUGAGCGGCACAUUUCUACCCACACGACGGAGAAAACCCACGUUUGUUCCACUUGUGGGAGGAGCUUCGGCCAGUUUUCCGUGAUGAAAUGUCACGAGGUUACACAUCUCGAAAAAUCUAACCGUAGGAUUUUUAAAUGCGAACUUUGUCCCCAAACUGUCUCAAGGAAAGCCGACUUACUACGGCAUACCCAAAUUGUACAUGAAAAUCGGAGGAAUCAUCCGUGCACAUACUGUGACAAACCAUUCUCGACAUCUAGGGACAUGCGACGUCACGUGGAGGCGAAGCAUCCCGCGAACAAGGAGAAAGUUCAUUCCUGUGACAAAUGCGAGUACCAGAGUCAUUCCAGAAACAAUUUAGCCCAUCACGUUAGGCGCCACAACCCUGCGAAUCGACGAGAGUGCUACUUCUGCAAGAAGCCGUUUUUCUACUUUACAAAAUUGGUGGCACACUGUCGUCGUCAUACUCUGGAACAGUGAGAACUAAGGAAAUUUGUUUUUGGAUCUUGUCUGAUUUAAUUUAGGCCGCCGAUAUGUACUCAUCUGAACACAACAAUUACAUAAAAUACAAAAAUUGGACACAUUUUUCAGAUCGGCUGAUUAAAUUUACAUAUUUACAUAUUAGUAAAAAUUAAUCGUCUAAUAUCUGUUCUAUCAGGUUCUGAAUAUUCUUUACGUGUUUUUUUAUCUAACUAUCUACAUAUGUAGGUGCAGCUUAAUAUCCCCAGCGCAUGCACUUGAAAGAAGUCGCAGUAUGUAGCUGGGUUGAAAUAAAUGCUAUAGUCCUUUAUUCUCGACAUACAACCGCUUGGAGUCAUAAAAAUUCUCAGAUUGGUGCUUAGAGAAUAGCCCACUUUAGAAAUGUCGUACUUAUGUAAGUGCAUAUAUUGUAAAUAAUGUUAAACUAAAAUAAAUGAGCAUUACUGUUUAACAA